AUGUUAGGAUAUUUUGAAUCAAUUCUCCCAUAUACCAAUGGUGGUAAACUUCCAUAUUGGCUUUUGUUUAUUUCUGUGGUAUCAAUUUUCAAUUCUGUUCAAACGUAUCAAAACAUCAAUUUGACUAAAAGAGUAUACGAAAGAAAUCCCAAUCAAGUAUCUCCAUUAUCAGCAAGAACUUUUGGGACUUGGACAUUGAUUACUUCAAUAGUGAGAUUUUACGGUGCUUAUUAUUUACAAAAUAAACAAGUUUAUGAAUUGACUCAAUUCACAUUUGCUAUUGCUGCAUGGCAUUUUUUGAGUGAAUGGUUGUAUUUUGGAACUUGUAAAUUGGGUAAAGGAUUAAGUGGUCCAUUGAUUGUCAGUUCAGUUAGUUUGGUUUGGAUGUAUUUGCAAAAGGAUUUUUACGUCAAUUGA